AACUGACAAGAAAAUCCUCACAACAUGAAAUCACGGCUUUCCCGUAUAGUUUCUCCACCCACUGUAUAGCGUAUGUAAGGAAAGUAGGAAUUGGAUAGAUAUACACAGGGCAACCGAUAUGGGCGGCGAUACGCUUACUCCUCUCUCUUUCACUCCUGGUGAGGAAGAAUCCUCGGUGCUGGACCAAGAUGAUUCAUCAUCCCUUAAUCUCCCUUAUCAUCCCAGGAAGCAUGAGGUUGAAACAGUGAAUGAAGAGUAUGGGUUUCCUUUUGGAGGAUUUGAGGACAUGGGUCCUAGAAAUAUUUCUACAAAUUCUUUAGAAUUUGAAGCCAAUCAGAGGAACAGAUGCAAGGCUUAUAAGGAAGUGUUGCAGAGUUACGAGCAGUUGCAGAAUAGAAUCGAGAGCCUGAAGGAAGCUAAGAGCAAAAUCUUGAGUUAUACACCUGGAGAAUGGAUUGAGAAGGCAGGUGGCAUGAAAUUGAGUGACUAUAAUGUGCCAAAAACAGCAACGCUCUUACUGGUUGGUUUCAAAGGAUCUGGAAAAAGCAGUCUAGUUAAUAGAAUAUCAAAAGUAUUUGAAGAUGAUAAGUUUGCACCUGAAAGAGCACAAGUAUCAUAUAAUUCUUCUGGUGGAGAAGGGACCUAUUUUCUUCAGGAAUAUAUGAUCCCUAGAGGUUCAAGUUCAAUCUGUAUUUAUGAUACCCGCAGUUUGUCUGAUGACCCCUCUGAUAACAUUGCAAUGCUAAAACGUUGGAUCACAAAAGGCGUCCGUCAUGGAGAACUCAUUAUCAGGCCAUCAGACAAUUCAAGUUUAAGGACCAGAAUGAAAUGCAAAAUGCGUAGAAGUUGUAGUCAGUCCAAAGAGGCCAGGAUGGUUAACUUUGUAAUAUUUGUUGUUAAUGGGCUUGCUGUUUUGAAAUCGAUGGACAGUGACGAUGAUGGCUCAAAGUACGUACAGAUGAUUGCUACAACUUUCAACUGCCCAUACUUGUCAUUUAAAGAUGAUAAGCCUGUUGUUAUUAUCACGCAUGGUGAUCUGCUUUCACUUUCUGACCGUGCUCGUGUCCGUGUCCAGUUGGGAGAGCUGCUAGGUAUUCCACCAGCGAAACAAAUUUUUGACAUACCAGAAAGCUGUGAUCCAGUCACUGAAUUGACAAUAGUUGACAUGCUGCGGUAUUCCCUUGAGCAUGCUGAUAAAAACCUUCCUCACAAGAACUGGCUAGCUGAAAAGGUCUGUAGAUCUAGAGCAUCUCUAUCUGCAUAUGCGUAUCUUUUUAUAAUCCUUGGGAUUGCUAUCAUAUCAAUGAACAUAAAACACGUGCACAUUCGCCAUGCUCCAAAAUCCAAACCUCACGUAGAUUGGCAUACUAUCAGGCACCUUUGGUUAGACUAGAUCUGCCUUUAUCGGUUUAUUUAUCCUGAUCAAACUAUGAUCACUUCUGUACGUAAGCAGCUUUGUACACAAACAUGCAAGCAUGUAUUGUAUGCGGACAAACUGUGUCAUUGUCCGCAUAAAUAAACCGCGUAACAUGUGACUAUCUUGUUGAACAUAUGCUGAUGAACUUAUUCAAAGUUAUAAAUAUUGAGUAUUUGCUUAA